AUGUCAGACCACGACAGACCUGCCAGUCCUCAAGACGGCGCAACAAUAGACAUCACAGUCCACCACCAUGGAGCACCAUACACAUUCACACUGCCCGCCGCCGCGACCCUCAGCAACCUCGCAUCAACCAUAUCAUCGUCUGCAGACCUCCAAAUCCCCAUCGAAAAUCAGAAAUUCAUGAUUGCACCUGGGAAACUCGGUUUACAAAAGCCACCGUUCAACACCACCACACCUCUGCCCGAAUAUCUCCCACUCUCAUCCCCCAAACUCAAAAUCACAUUGCUGGGCGCAAGGACAGAGGACAUCGACUCGAUGAACGAGAACAUUUCCAGCAACAAACAACGCCUUGCUGCCCGCGCUCAAGCCCGCCGCCAACCACAUCCACCCAUCACCCGCCGACCCCCCAGCGGCAUUCACACCCUCACCUCCCCGUCCUCCUCAGCCUACACAUUCGGACGCUGCGAACCACUCUCCUACCUGCCCAACCCGGCCCGCAGCCUACAAUUUCUAGAACGCCUCCGCGACGACCCCGGGAUAAAACAUGCCAUGGCCAAACACCGCUUCUACGUUCCCUUAUUGACCGAGAUGAAUCCCGCCGAGCACACAACCCACGAAUCGCGCACCUUGGGUCUGAAUCGCAACAAGGGUGAGGUUAUCGAGUUAAGACUUCGCACAGAUGCGUAUGACGGGUAUAGAGAUUAUAGAACUAUACGCAAAACGUUGUGUCAUGAAUUAGCGCAUUGCGUGCAUAGUGAUCAUGAUCGCCAGUUUUGGGAGUUGACGAAGCAGAUUGAGCAAGAAGUUGAGAGGGGGGAUUGGACGAGAGGUGGGAAUAGGCUGUCGGAGCAGGAGUUUUAUAAUCCGCAGGAUUGGGAGACGGAGGGGCAGAGGGGGGAGGAGGAUGCGUGGUUUGAUCAUGGGGGGUGGACAGGGGGUGAAUACGUCCUAGGAGGAGGAGGAGGUGGUGGUGCUGGGCAAGCUGCUGCAGGAGGAGGGUUGAGUAGAAGGGAGAUUAUGGCGAGGGCGGCGGAGGAUAGGCUGAAGAGGGAACAGCAACGAGGAAGGGGGUCUAAUGCUGAGGGAGAGACUUGA